AUGCCUUUAGCUAAAUUACCCAAGGCUUUUGGGCUGGAUGGUGUAAAGAAGGGUUACUUCCCACACCUUUUCAAUAAAGCUGAAAACUGGAAUUAUGUUGGACCACUACCUGCUCUAGGAUAUUAUGACCCAGAAUCAAUCAAAUAUACAACCAAUCUCGAAGAAGACAAGGACCCUAAAAAACAACUCAUUGAAUGGCAUAAACAAUUAUCUGAACAAGGCUAUGUCUUUGACUUUCAGAAAGAACUGGUGGAAUAUUGUCAAAGUGAUGUGGAUAUAUUGUCUCGAGCAUGUCUCAAGUUCAGAGAACUGAUGAUACAAGAAGGCGGCGUGGAUCCUUUCACAGAGGCCAUUACAUUACCAGAAUUGUGUAUUUUCACCGAAAAACACCCCUUACUCGCUCAAUUACCUUUGAAUCCCCGUGAUGCUUUCUAUGGUGGCCGAACUGAUGCUACGAAAUUAUAUUACAAAUGUAAAGAAGGUGAAAAAAUCAAGUACGUCGAUGUGUGCAGCCUAUAUCCAUUCAUAAAUAAAUACGGAAAGUACCCUGUAGGACACCCGGAAGUUUUUGUUGGGGAAGAAUGUAAUACUUUGAAUUUAAAUGACGUUGAUGGAAUUAUAAAAUGUAAAGUUCUUCCUCCUCAAAACCUAUAUCACCCCGUAUUACCGGUGAAAAUGAAUGGCAAAUUGAUGUUUCCCCUUUGUCGAUCGUGUUGUGAACAUAUGGCUGUUGAAUGUACUCACAUAUGUGAAGAAGAACGGGCUCUCUCCGGUACUUGGGUGAUAGAUGAGGUUUUAAAAGCUUUGGAAAAAGGGUACAAACUCAUGGAAAUCUAUGAAAUCUGGAAAUACAAAGUUGUACAAUAUGACCCUGCUAUCAAGUCAGGCGGUCUAUUUUCUGAAUAUAUUUCCAAGUUUUUGAAAAUCAAACAACAAGCUUCAGGUUGGCCCUCCGAUUGUAUAUCAGAACAACAAAAAAAUAAAUAUAUUCAAGAUUACUAUGACAAAGAGGGUGUUACCUUGUGUGCCAAAGAAAUUGAAUUCAAUCCAGGACGUCGACAAAUUGGCAAAAGUGUUAUAACAAGUUUUUGGGGAAAAUUAGGUCGAAGGGAAAACCAACAAAAAACUUCCAUAGUUUCUGAGGCUGCUGAACUUUUUGACAUGUUAUCAAAACCAUUCAUUGUAGUGAACAGCAUUUUUCCAGUGAAUGAAAACACUUUAAUUGUCAAUUGGACUUUCAAAGAUGAAGCUUAUAAGCCUCUUUCAACUGUUAACGUUGUGCUGGCUGCAUAUACUACAGCCCAAGCAAGACUAGAAUCAUAUAAAUAUAUGGAAAAACUAGAUAUAAGAGUUUUGUGUCACAAUACAGAUUCAGUUACUUUUAUUUCACGUCCCGGAAUGUAUGAUGUACUUUUAGGUAGUUUUUUAGGUGAAAUGAAUGAUGAAUUGUCUGAAUAUGGAAAUGGUAGCUACAUAACAGACUUUGUCUCUGGUGGUCCAAAAUUAUACGCAUAUCGUGUAUAUUCCCCAAUGCGGAAUAAAACAUUUGAUAUAAUCAAAGUCAAAGGGAUCAUCUUGAAUUAUAACACGUAUAAGCAAGCUAAUUUAGAAAAACUCACAGACAUGGUUAUCAACGAAAACGCUUCCGACGAAAUAUCUGCCAUUGAUGCAAAUAAUUGGAUAGACGAGUCAAAUGAUGAGGAUGCCAACAUUCAGCUAGAGGAAGUGAUAGUUGAAGAAGGUGUUGGAGUCGAUGGAGGGGAGAUUGACCUUGAAGUCAACGAAGUUGAAAAUGAGGCUAAUGAAAACGAGGCUAAUGAGAGCGAUGAAGAUGAUGACAUGGUCGAUGAGUUGAUCGUGGAUGGUGAAGGCGAUGAUGAAGGGAUUAUAGCUGUUUAUUCUGAAGGUGAUGAUGCUUUGAGAAUCGGUCUCCGAAUGCUCAACAUUGCGUGA